CCGUGUGUGUGUGACGGAUGGAGAUUGCAGAGGUGCAUUUUUCUUCGGGAAAUCAUUUGAUCGAUAAUAUUGUUUUCUUCUUUUUGGUAUCAUUUGUACCUUUGGUACACAUGUAGUGUAGUUUCUAGAUUAUUGUUUUAUUUAGAUUUUACAUGGGAAAAUGGCUUCAUCAUCACAAGUGAAAAUUAAAAUUGAAGAUGUAUGUCGCACUUGUUUAGCCAAGGAAAGUGAAUUGUUUUCGGUAUUUGAUGUAUCCCUUGGUGCUGUAACUCUGGACUGUGCUAUAGCAGAUGUUACUGGAGUUAAGAUUGAACGUUCCGAUGGACUUCCUUUCACUGUAUGCCAGAUAUGUAAAGAAAAGGCCAGCAAAGCUUUCGAAUUCAGAAAACUAUCCCGAGAAGCUAAUACAACUCUACAGAAUGUUUACAAAAAAGAAAAAAAUGAAUUAUCUUAUCAGGAAAAUACAUCAUACCAGGAAACGGAUCCUAACAUAAAGACAGAGCAACCAACAGCAGAUGAUGGUGAUUACGUGGAUUGGAUCGGACUUGACGAUUUUAAUGACGUAGAUGCAGUGAAGGAUGAGAGAGAUGAUAUCAAAUUCACCGAAAGCAGAACAGCGACGUUUCAAUGUAAAAAUUGCAAUUUAGUUUUUCAAAGCACUAAGAAGUUGCAAGAACAUACGUCCAAAAAUUGUUUAAAAGUGGAAUUUGAUGAUACAUGCAAUAAUUAUUGCCCUCUGUGUGGUACCAGCUAUCGCGAUGCAGUAAACUUGACAACUCAUAUGUGGGAGAAUCAUGCUGAUCUAAUGGGACCGAAGAAAAGAGGAAGACCUAAAAAAAUAUUAACAACAACAAUUCUUACAAAACUAUCCGAAAAUGGGUUUCGUUUGAAAGCUAUAACCGUAGAAAAGUAUGACUGUAUGAUUUGUAAAGAAGAAUGCAAUACCAAAGAAGAAUUAGGUGUCCAUCUUGUCAGACACAAAGAUACAAAAGUUAUGUGCUGUCUUCUUUGUAAGAAAAUGUAUUUAAAGGCAAGACACUUCAGUCGGCAUAUUUGCACAGAAAAAGGAAAUAAUAAAAAAGAAGAUGAUUUGUCAACAAUUGCUGGAAAAAACAAACAAAGCUGUGUGUCUGAAAUACUUUUGGAAGAGCUACUGGAGCCAAAUGGAAUCACGGAAAAUUGUACCUUACUUCAGGUAUGUGAAAUAUGUAGUGGUGUGUUCACAUCCGAAGAAGAUUUGAUGAGCCAUAAUGAUGCAGAGCAUCCCGAACGGUCGCUUAGGUGCAAUCUUUGUUUGAAGGUGUUUGCUUCAAUAAAAUCCGCUGCUCGCCACAGAAGUAUUUGUAAGCAGAUCGAGAGAAAACAUAAAUGUACCACGUGUGGCCUGAAAUUCGCCUACGAAAUAUCAUUAAACAAACACAUACUGAGAUACCAUGAGGGCCAAAGCGUUUCUGUAAAGUUUAUGGACACCAAAGCUAAAGACGAGGAAAAACAAUACCAGUGUGAUACUUGCAGCAAACAGUUUUCAAGGAAAGAGCUGCUGGUUAAGCAUACUAGAACCCAUUCGGACAAGUUGUAUGAAUGCGAUAUAUGCAAGAAGAAAUUCAAUAGAAGCGAUAAUUUAAGGUCACACAAAAAGACUCACGAUCCGCGCGAGAAAUCCAAAGCUAGCACUUGUUUGUGUUUGUACUGCGGGCGCAGCUUUAACAACUCGUCCAAUCUGAUCGUGCACAUGCGUCGGCACACCGGCGAAAAACCAUACAAGUGCGAUUUUUGUGGAAAAGGGUUCCCUAGAUCAUCAGAUCUUCAGUGCCACCGGAGGUCGCAUACUGGCGAAAAACCGUGUGUUUGUCGAAUAUGCGGUAAAGGUUUUUCGCGAAGCAACAAGCUGUCACGGCACAUGCGCGUGCACACCGGCGUGAAGCCGUACAAAUGUACGUACUGCGAGAAGGCAUUCUCGCAAAGUAACGAUCUCACGCUGCACAUCCGCCGGCAUACCGGCGACAAACCGUACAUCUGUGAAGUGUGCGGCGAUAGGUUCAUCCAAGGCACAGCAUUACACAACCACAGGCGUACCCACGGGCAUUACCCCCCGCCCGCGGCCGGCGCGUCGCCUGAGGCGCAAGCGCACGUCAUCCGCUCCACAAACGACGCGUACGCGCUCAAGCCAACUACCCUCAGACCGGACGCAGACAGCCACGUGCUAACCACCUUCUCCGUUCAAAACAUCACGCACCCACCAGCUAACCAGUAACUAUUCAAUUAAUUGUAUCACUGAGGCUACAUAAUAUAAGUAAAGUUUCAUUCAUUAUGAUAAUAGCAAUAGAAAAAUUUUUCUCCUUUAAACGUUUCAAUGUUUAGAAUACAGUGUUGAUUUGUGAAUUCGAGUCUUUCAAGAACCUGUUUUGAAUAGUGUUGGGCAAAUAAAGUCGGAUUCUUUAGAAAUUUCCCUAAAUGUAAACAAAUAUGGCCAACUGACAUUAAAACAUUUUUAAUCUGUGCCCUAGUGAGGCGACAAAACCUCUCGUUAUUCGCGGAUUGAAAUUAUUGUAGUACUUACGUACCUAUAGAAAUAAUUUAUAAUGCUUUAUAUAGCAAUGCAUUAAACAAUUAGUAGUACAUUCAAUGAAGAAAAAAUACAUUGUUGAUUAAGACCCUAUUUAAAUCUAUUUAAAUGCAAUCAGUAAUAAAAAUGAUUGAAUAAUUUAAAUAAAAUCGAUUAAAUUUACCGAUUAUUGUCUAUGACUUACAGGUUACAACACUGAUGUGUCAGAGACAACAUGGAGAUAUAGAUGACCCACGCUGAACUGUCCCACCAAACUCAAUGACAGGGGGGCGCUACCAUCGUUCAACUAUAUGGUUUCCAACAUGGCAAAAAUCUGAACCAGCGAUCCGGUAUUGACGGUGGCGCCCCACUGUCAAUGUCAUCGACAGGACAGUCCAGUAUUUUGGAACUAUAACACAUAAUUUUAAACUUCAAGUCAAUUUGACAAGUUUCACAAAUUUUCAUGGUUCACAUAUUUUGCUAAAAUAAUUUCUUUAAAGAUUGAUUCCAAACUUGUAUAAUCGUGAGAAUAAAGUUGGUUUCAUGGGCUUGUGAAAUAAUGUGUAUGAUAUUAUGAACACGUAAGUGAUUAUGGUGUAAUUGUGUGCAGAAGUGUUUGUUUACAUUUAAGGAAAUUUCUAAAGAAUUAAGGUAUAGACAAUUUAUUUUAGUCAGAUCGACUAAUUUAGUCAGAGUCCGGGACAAGCAAUGUAAUUUAGCAGAUAGAAGACGGCUGAUGUCCACUUGAAUAAAUAGUUGAAAAAAUAUCUGGAUAAAUAUUAUUGCCUAACACUAAUUUAAAACAAAUUUUCAAAAACAUAAUUACUGAAGAUAUUAAUGAAAUACCUAUAAUAAUCAUGUUUUAUUCAAAUUAGUAAGUAUUUAGAAAGUGUAGCUAUAGAAUAAUUUUAGAAAUAAUUAUAUUACACAUAUUUUUCUUGCUUCAGAAUUCAGAUAAAAGAUCUAUUUUCGAUAUUCCAAUGAAAAAUGUAGCUUAAUGUAUGAAAUAGUUUUGAUAUUAUGGUAGUAGGUAUUUCUUUAAAGAACCGGAAUUACAAAUCAACAGCAUACAAGUAUUUUUGUGAUUAACAAUCAUGAUAAAUAUAAAAUUCGGUGUAAAAUAGACAAUCUUAAGAACGUAGAACUAGCGAUUCAAAGUUAUAGAAUAUUAUAAUAAUCACUUCUGUAUAAAUCGUAAUAUAUUUUUACACUAAGUUA